UCUCUUUACUCUUCCUGCCUGACAGCCUCAUUGAGUAUUGUGAAGAGUAGCUGUGUAACUGACUACACAGUCACAAAACCUGUUUCAACCUCACUGGAGUUAACAUCACAACUUCAUCAUCAUGCAAAGAAUGAUCGAGAAUCCCACUCUGACAAAACUGAUUUCCACUAGUGACUUAAUCUCCUCAGGACAUCCAAACAUCUAUCAGCUGAAAACAGAAACAAAGAAGUUUGGAGCUCUGUCCAAAGUGACUUUUGGUACAAAAGACACUAAGCAGAUUAAUAAAACCAUCUUACUUGUUGGUGAAACAGGGUCAGGAAAAUCCUCUUUGGUCAAUGUUAUUUUCAACCAUGUAAUGGGAGUUCAGUUUGAGGAUGGGGUCUGGUUUCAGAUCAUAGAUAGACAAGAAGGUGAAACACCUGAUGUGAUCAUAUAUGAGAUCUGUAAUUCUGAAGGUAAAAUUCUGCCCUAUUCGAUCACCAUCAUUGAUACUCCUGGAUAUGGAAACACCAAAGGAAUCAAGCACGAUGACAUAGUCAUUGACAGGAUGCGCAAAUUGUUUGAGACAGAAAACGGUGUUCACAUACUUCAUGCAGUAGGUCUGGUGAUGAAGGCAACUGAUAACAGACUAAGUGACAGAUUGAUGUACAUCUUUGAUUCGGUGAUGUCUCUGUUUGGAAACGACAUGGAGAAAAACAUUGUGGCUCUCAUCACUCACUCAAAUGGGAGAACACCUAAAAAUCCCCUUCAGGCUAUUGAAGCUGCAAACCUCAGAUGUGCAAAAAAUGAAAACAAUCAACCAGUUUAUUUCUUGUUCAACAACCAGCAGAAUGAAGACCGCACAGACGAAGCAGAGUACUGUAAAGUAGCUGAUAGAAUAUCAGAGAAAGGAAUGCGCGAGUUUACAGCCUUUGUUGAAAAUAGUUCACCUCAAAAGCUGAAAAUAACAACUGAAGUGAUGAAUGAACGCAUCAGACUGACAGCCUGCAUCCAAAACCUGCUGGAGAGAAUCAGACUGACUGAACAGAAGCAGACAGAAAUCAAACAGAUCCAUGAAGGACUGAAGAUGCAUGAAGAAGAGAUGAAGGGAAAAGAGGUCACUAUCCAUGUCGACGAACCCUAUGUUACUAAAGAACCUAUCAAAGGUGGACAGAAGUGGCUCAUCUUCUAUCAAGGAGCUGUGACCUGUCCUGUCUGUAAGGAAAACUGUCACAAAGAUGGAUGCACCAAGACCUGGCUCCCUGAGUUCUGUGAGGUGAUGAGAGGAGGCCGCUGCACCGUUUGUUCCAAAAAGUGUCCUGCAUCAGUUCAUGUUAAAGAAAAGUGGAUAUAUGUCAACAAAACAAGGAGAGUUCAGAAGAUGAUGCCAAAGAUGAAACAUGACUGUGAAAAUAAAACAAAGUUUGAGAACCAGAAACAUCUUCUGGAAAACAAUGAAAAGGAAAUGCAGCAACUUUUGGAAGAGAAAUUCAAACUUGUGGAUGAGGCCUACCAACAUGUCAUCAGACUGGAGCAGAUUGCUCUCAAAGUUGAUUCAGUGUCCAUUAAUGUCCACUUGGACCUCCUGAUUGAGAAGACAAAAGAAAAGGGAGACACAAAGAAAGUCCAGAAACUGGAGGAAAUUAAGAGAAAAAUGGAUGAAGGAACCAAAGCAGCACUAAGAUACAAACGAGUUUCUCUGACAUAGUUUAUGAUGAGAAAUAAAUCCCAGAAAUAGAAUCAGAUAUCUUCACUGUAAACAUUAAAAAGUUUAACACUUACUCAGAAAUGUUUCUUAAUACACUACUGCAUAUAUAUGCAGUGAUAUGGUAAUAUAAGUAAUAAAUGUACCGUAAAUAAAAAAUUGAGAUGAAAAUACUAGUUUAGUUUUUCAAAAGUAUAUUUCAUGUAUUCUAUUUUAUUUUUUGACAUUUUGAUUAAGAGAUCUUAACUCUCACACAAGUUUGUAUUUCUGCCCAGGUUAGGACUUUGUAUUGACUUCCAUUCACUUAGUAGCUUCAUCUCACACACACAUACAGACAAACACACACACAUACAGACAAACACACACACACACAUUACGCAAUAAAAUUAAUGUCAGAAGCAAAAUUCACUCAAAAUCUCAGAGAAAUAUUUUGUUUUUAAAUCAUAUUUCUCAUAUGACCUGUCAUUUUUUUGUUUUUCAGUACUUGUUUAUUGCCUGAUUUUAGCUCAUGUUCAUUAUUUACUGUUGCUAUAGUAAAUAGGUAUUUGUGUUUAUGUUUUUCUUGACUCUACGCCUGAACAUGAGUUGUUGACCAAACUAGAUGAAUAAAUGUCAAACAAACAUCUUGACU